AAGUUGUGUGUUAACAUAUUUUCAGGAGCAACCAAAAUACCUAUUCUAUUAUUGAUUAGUGCUGCCGUAGUACUUCCAAAUUCUAUCUGACGGUUGCGAAUGUCACUCGGCAGAGCACAGACUCACUCCACGCUCUCACAUCUGGGAAAAGGUCCUUAGUCAGGAAAUAAGACAUUUGAUAAUUAGUAUGACGCACGCUUUUGUAACAAGCUAUGAAUAAAAUGAUGCUAAGAUCAUUUCUUUAGGACCCUUCUUUACUAAUAAUAGUCACACAAACCUUCAAGGCACAACUGUUCCUCAAAGUGUCGAUUAGAGAGUUCAAAGAGUUGGGAAAGAUUUAGCAAAGUAAAUCUUUGUGUGCGAUGAAAGUCUUUCACUUCUUCUCCACUGUCCUUCCUUUUCUUCUUCCACCGUACAGUAGCAGGAUCUGGACAUUUUUUUUUCCUCUCAUUGCAGCACCUUCAUUCUUCUCCCUGUAUAAUAGUGGAUUUUCCACGGUGGAUUUGCGCGGGGCUAUUUUGAGCUGUGCGCUGGCUCCUCUGUGCAGCACUGUAAUCCAAUUGUGAUAGCUUUAAUUUUGAAAGGUUUUUUUAAAAACGUUUUUUUUUUUAAUUGAAAUUGCUGAGACCUAAUUUUCUGAUCCUGUCACCGUUGACGACCGCUGUAAUCGGCUAAUUCAAGUUAUUCCAAGCCAUUAAGUCGCACGCAGGAACUGCUUGUGGUCACUGAGGCAGGAGGGAAGAGAUCAUAUCUGCGCUGAAUGAGCCGCGAGUGGUGUUUUGGAGAUAUGUUUUUUUUUUUUUCCCCAGUUACCAAAUCCCAAGAAAUGUUCUUGGUCUUGACCGCAGUAAACCCCCCCCCCCCCCCACAGGUAUUUGAAUGGCACCAAUAAAGCUCUUGAGUUGUGUGUGUGUGUGUGUGUGUGGGUGAGAAUGAGAGUCUUGCUGAAGCCCAAGUUCAUGCUAUUAUCAGUGUUGUUAAAAAAAAUGCUGGGAUUGACUUUUUGUGUUGUAACUACGGUACAUUUGGCGUGUUGCUGUUGCUCUGAUCGUUCUCUAUAGUGCCUAAUCCGUGAAUGAACACGCAUUGUCUAGAAACCAAAAGAUAGGGCCAGGACGAACAAAUGCAACUCUUGGUUGCCAGGAAACUUGCACGGGUCUUUGGCAAGUUGGCCAUAUAAAAGAACAGAAGUGUGUGUGUGUGUGUGAGAGAGAGAGACCACUGCCUGCCCAGUGAACGCUUUGGGGGUUUUUGGGCCACAUCCUGGGUUGUUGGUGUUGUUUGUCGCUAGGUUCCAACCGUGUCUGCCUGGAAUCAAACUCCACACACAGGAGGCACUUUUAGACGUUCAACAACUUGGUAUGGCGACUGCAAUUACUUGGUCUCCAGUGAUGACACCCGUGUCAAGUAUGCUGUUGAUUGAAUGACAGGGCUGAUGACGCGUAACCAUGGCAGCCAGGAUGGAGGUGACACUGCUCGAGAGCAGGAUGAGCAUGGAAGACUACAAGAAGCUACAGGGCCUGUUUUUUGUCUCCCCUGGGGUGUCCCGCUCCUUGACCAGAAGUGAAUUCAUCCGCCUUGCCCCCUCAUCGGUCGGUCACGGCUCCAAAGAGGACUACGGCCUGUUGUUUGACAGCGUGGUUGUCAGUCAGGGGCAGCGCGGUCUCUUCUUUCACGGCGAUGCCGUGAAGCAAGAGGCUCGAAUAGACAGCGGGGGGCUGUGCUCUUUUCUUCAGCAGGAGCUAUCCGAAAAGCUGAAGCACAGCAGAAUGAAACGCGUUCCUUGCUGGAAGCCUCCCCGCUCUCUGACUUGCCCCCAUCGAGAUCCGGUCCAAAAGGUGUUGUACCUGCCCAGUUGGGGUCAAUACAUGACCGUGAGUCAAGGAGGAUUUGUGGGGCUGCGGGACUGCGGUGACAUGUCGCUCGUGAGCAGCCAACGAUUGCAAAACAGCACAGUCCAAGCCAAAGACCUGUGGGUGACGGACGUCGUGCUGCUGCAAAAUGUACACAAGAUAGCUGUGUCGUUUACAAGUAAAGAGGUGUGUUUUUAUGACACACUAUCCAAAAAGGACUUCAGAUGCAAAUAUAAAGUCCAGGGUUUAAGGUUUACUCCGUGGUGUCUGGAUUAUUGGUCCGAUGCCUCAAAGCCAGAUCAGGCUAUCCUCACUCUAGGUGACAUUGGUGGACAGGUCAGCGCUUUAUUUUUCACCUCAGCCCAGAUGUAUUUGUUUGAGCGACGUAGUCGCUGGACAGACUCCGAUUCCGCGCUCAUCAUUCAAUGGGAUGAUGUGGUCAAAGGAAAACACCACUGCUGUUCUAUUGUUCAACAUCAGGCACACAAGCCUGCCUGGGUGAGGAAAGUACUUUACCUGGACUCACUGGAGGCCUUUGUGUCGUGCAGCACCAGGCCACAAAGCAGCAUUGCGAUUGGCUGGAAGGAGAAGGACGGCAAGAGCCUCCAGGUGACCACUUUCUUUACAGAGAGAGGAGUGUGGGACAUCGACUAUCACCGGGAACUUAAGCUGAUUGCCACUGCAGGUUUGGAUCAUCGGGUUCUGCUGUGGAACCCCUACGUGACCUCCCAGCCAUCGUACCUACUCAGUGGCCACGUUGCCCCAGUUACGGCUAUUUGUUUCUUGCAGAAGAAAAAACACCUGCUCAGCUACUCCAGAGAUAAGGUUCUGUGUUUAUGGGACGUUUCAAGUCAGCUUUGUAUUCAUCGUCUGGGUGGCGUUUUCCCAGCCACACGGGAAGACGCGCGCACACUCCUGCUCCCGAUCGAAGAGCGCCAACUCCUGCUGCUCACCUUCAACAGCCUCCUCGUCUUGUUGGAGAGCACGGAGGAGGAGACGAGGGCCAGCGGUCACAAGCACCCUGUCACCUGGGUGCUUUACAACAGUCUUUUCAGACACGUAAUAAGCAGUGACACCGGCUCCUCUGUGAUCUGCUGGCUGGCUGACACGGGCCAAAAGGUUAAGCAAAUCCACCGUUGCCACGGCAACGCCGAGAUCUCCACCAUGGCUUUGGAUGGCACGCAGACGCGGCUGUUCACUGCAGGCAAUGAUGGAGAGGUUAAAGUGUGGGACUUCAAUGGCCGCUGCCUCCACAGAAUGAACGUUGCCCUGGGCAAGGCUGCGGCCAUAUCGCACAUGCUGCUGCUGAGGACGAGCCUCCUGGUGAUGGGAUGGCAGAGGAUGCUGACAGUAUUCCGCCGGCAUGCCUUCUCCAAGUUUCACGUUGACCCAUCAGAGUGGAAGGGCGGUGUUCAUCAUCGCGCCGAAGUGCUCUGCGCUGCCUUCCAACCUCCGCAGACUCUCGUCACAGGAAGCCGCGAUGGAGAGAUUAUAGUGUGGAACAACGACACCGAAAAAGCUCUGCGGAAACUGCAGCUGCCGGCUAAACAUGAAGAAUUCAGUAAGCAGCAAGAGCAAACGGAGCAUUCCCCUGACACCAUCGCCACGUUGACCUUCUUACCAGGUCGUACAUCUGCACAAAUAGCAAACGGUGGCGCCAACUUGGUGUCAUCUGGCAGUUGCGGGCUAGUCAGGCUCUGGAACACAGUCCACGGCCGACUCCUGGGACAGUUCACGGCUCACGAGGCACAGCUGGGCUCUGUCGUCAUGACUGUCAGCCCCUGUGGAAAGUUUUUAGUCACGGCAGAUAGGGCGGGCGCAAUCAAGACGUGGGACAUGGAGGUGCAAAUCAGAGAACACUACUGCCUGAAGUCAGACGGCAGAGUAGUGACCGAAUCUCCAGAAUUGGUGCACAGUUUCCGUCCACACAAGGAUGGGGUCACCCACCUGCAUACGAGUUUCCACGCCGAUCGGCUGAUCCUUCUGUCAGCAUCUUCAGACUGUAGGGUGGCCCUCAGCUAUCUGCCAGGAGAAACCAUUGGCUUUUUUGGACAGGAGGAGCAGUGGAGCAUCAUGAGGCCCGCGUGUGUUCACCCACAGCAGGACACCUGUAAUGAUCGACGCCCUGACAACACAGCAUGAACGCGAGGAGGUGGAAAUAGACAAGACGGCGGAGAGUGAGCAGCGCAGGGGAGGGGCUAGCCAGGCAGCCUCCUCAGCUAGGGUGCUCUGCACCACACACCUGAGACUCGUAAGCUCAUCACCCACCUGUUGCCUAUCUGCUCGUUUGGACUGGUACAAAUUGACUCCCAGACUAUUCCUCAGUGCAAGUUUGUGCCGUCACCACGCCAGUGGACUGUGUUGCCAUUUCCUGCAGCUUCUUGGUCCUUGUGUGGACAUUUCCUUGUGGACUCCUCGUGCUUCCCCCAGAGUGCCUUUGCGAAGACUCUUCAAUAAACUACGGCAAGUGUUGGCUUCAACGAUACCUGCCUGUUGUCGUGCUAUUGGGGUCACAUCCAAACCCCAACACAUUUGGUUAGGAAG